AUGUAAAGAAUAAAUUCAUGUAAUUGUUUUUAUGAUUAUUAUUUAGAUUUGAAAGCUUGUGAUAUAUUUGCUCAAUCACCAUCCUUAGGUAUGAAUCAAUAAUCAAUAUAUUAAUCAAUAUUUGGUGGAUUUACAUCAAUAACAACCAUUUUUCUCGUAUUUCUCUUUUUCUCAAGCAAUUUUCUGGACUAUUUAGAAGGAAAAAACAUUAUAACAAAAUAAACUUAAGUCUAUGAUAAUGAUCUUUCCAAUCUCCAACUCGAUGAUCAGGAUUUCAUAAUAGCAUUUGGAAUUGAAUAAUAGAACUUUAUAACUCAGCCUUAUUUUUCAGUCACUCUGCAACAAAGGUAAUUUAUAACAUAUUCAAAAUCAGAGAAUACGAAAGACUGGAUAAUGGAUCGAUUUAAAGAAAUGUCACUUAACUUCCCCUUGAGCCUUGCAAAUUAGAAAGAUUUCAAUCUAUAUUUCUGAAAUAUGGUAAAAACUUUUCAGAAGAUUUUACUCAUUUGCAAUUGGAGAACUUGUUGUGUCCAAAGUAUUUAUUUGUACUCUAUCAUAGAACUAAUAUCAGGAUGAAUAUUGGUGGUACAUUUGCAUGUAAAAUUAAAUUUUAUAAAUUAGCUAAUUAUUUUAAUUUUCUUAAAAUUGAAGUAUCUACUUGCAAUCCAUCCUAAAUUAUAGAAAACAGCACAUGUGCUACUAAUGAUGAACUCUAAAAUUAAUUAGAUUUAUAAGGAGCAUUCAAAGUAUAAGUCUAUUUAAUAAACAAAGUAUGAGUUGUUAUAUUUAGGUAAUUAAUCCAAACAAGAUUGGAUCAGAUUAUAUUUCUGUUUUUUUAGAUGAUUAAAGUUAUUUAUCAUUUGUACCUAAAAAAUUAAAUAAGUAUGCAAAUAUUUAUUUUCGAGAAUAUAAGUUUAGGAAUAACUUAGAUUUUUAUUCAUUGAAGUAAAAUUAAUUUCUGACUUAGGGAUAACGAAAAUUUCAAUUUUAUUUCAAUAGACAACACUGAAACAAAAGAAGUAAUAGAUUUAGGAAGGGAUUAGGACACAUCUUUUGCAUCAUUUUAUUUUAGAAAAAGUCCAAUAACAAUAUCAGUUGAAAGAAACAAUUAAAGUGUGACUGACUUAUUGUCAAAAUUAGGAGGAUUGUUGUAAAUAUCAUUAAUAGUAAUGGGAUUCAUUAUAGCAGCUUACAACAAAUAAAAAAGUAAUGAUUCAGUAUAAAUUUAGUGAUGGUGGAAUUAUCAAAUAAAAUAUAUGAAUUUAGUUCAGAUGGGGAUGAAUAAAACAAAUAGCAUUAAUUAAAUCUUGAACUAAUCAAUAAUGUUUAUGAAGAUCGACAAUUUAGACAUGAAUACUAUGUUAAUAAAGAAGGAUAAUAAUAAAUUAUCCCAAGUAGUUAAAUCAAACAUCAGAGUAAGAUUUUCAAACUCUUUGGUAAGGGUCAACCUGAACAACAUAUUAUUUUAACUGAUAGACCUACGACUGAGAAUAAUGAAUGCAACAACUAAUUUUAUUAUGAAAAUGAUGACAAGAGUAACUAAUUUACUUAGCAAGCUAUAAAGGAUCAUGGAGUAUUGGCAUAAUAGUUGAAGUGUGUGAGCGGUCUAGAUUACUUUAAAAAAUAGAUCAAUCUAAUUUUAAAUAGAUCGUAACCUUUACGAUUUAAUAUAACCAUAUUUCUCAAUUAAAUAUGCUUUCGAAAAGUCUUUUAAAAUUCAAAAUCCGUUUAAUUCUACAAUUGUGCACUGUAUACUAUUAUUAUAUUUUAAUUUAAGUGACAAAAUCAAUGAGUAGUUAGAUGUGUUCAACAUUAUUACAAAGUUAAAUGAAAUUGACAAAAUGAAAGAAAUAAUACUAACUAAUUCACAGUAACUUCUUUUCAAUUUUACUUCAAAACCUAUAAUCUCUUUAGAGGAAGAUAAGGAAAUGCCGUUCAAUCGAACAAUCCUAGAGGAAAGAGUAAGAAAUACAAUGUAAACAUUACGAAUAUAAUUAGGAAUGAGACAAUUUGUGAUGAUAAAAAGAAAUAAAAUCUAGUAAAACGUAAACCAAUUCAUAAAUAAUUUAAUCGUACCGUAAGUCUGGAUAAAGAUAUGAGAAUUUACAACAGGAUUUAUAGAGUAUUAUCAUCUUGAUUCUAGGCUUAUGACACUGUUCUUCAAUAAAGUUCAGAACUAAAUCCAUAGCAUGAUGUCAAUAGAAAGUUAAUCAAGAAAUUAGGAGAUGAAAUAUAGGCAAUUUUCAAAUUAUCUAAAUUGCUUGAUUUUGAUGGCUUAAGAAGACUUCGAGCUAAUUCAAAUAAUGAUAUAUUCUGUAGAAAUACGUAAAAUUUACCAGAUGAAAUGUUAAGUAAAUGAUUGAUCUUUUAUUUUAUAUAUAAUUAAUGCAAACACUAAAAUGGGGUACAAUUAUUCAAUUAGUCAGGUUUAUAGAGAGUUGAUGUUUUCGGCUAGAUUGUAUUUCUUCGAAUGAAUAAAUAAAACUAUUAUCGAACCAAGAUCGGAGGAGGAUUCUCUGUUGCAGUGCUUUUUCUUAUGAUUUAUUUUUACUCUUAAAGUCUCUCAUCUUUCUUUUUGAAAGAAUACUUGAAAGUAGUCUCAUCCAAUGAGUAUGAAGACUAAAUACAACAGAUUUAAGUUGACAAUUCAGAAUUCAUGUUUGCAUUUAAGAUAGAACAAAAUAACUUCACUACUUCUCCUUAUUUCAAUUUAACACUGGAAUAAAAGUAGUUUUUACUCCUUAUUUGAGGCAAUAUAAAAGAAAUCAGAACGGAUAGUAAACCAAAAGCUCCUUCAAUUAUCCAUUGAUCCCUUGUACGUUAGAUAGGUUUUAGAACAUAUUCUCCAAAUACUAAAAUGACUUUGAAGAACAAUUUAAUAUUCUUGGAAUCAAUGACUUUCUAUGUCCUUAGUAAAAAUAUAUUCAAUUAAUAGAUAAAACACAACCUUAUCUAUGGGAGGAACAUACACAAGUAAAUUAUAAAAUCAUUUCUAGGUAGCGAGUUUUAAUUUUUUACAUUGUCAAUUGCAAAAUGUGAAAAUAAUGAAAAAAUGGAUUGUGCAUCACAAUAAGAAAUAGAUGAAUAUUUAUAAACAAUGGGAUCAUUUAAAAUUUCAAUCUAUACCAUUAACUAAGUAAGUUUAACUCUUCAUGAUCAUAGAUAAUAAAUCCAUAUAAACAACAAUAUCGAUCUGUCUUUUUAGAUGAUUAAAUUUACUUUACAUUUGUUCCUCAUUAAAUAAAUAGAUAAGCCAACAUUUACUUUAGGAAAUAUGAGUUUAUAAAUGAUUAAAGUUUAAUGCCUUUUAGGUAAAAUUUGAUACAUUUCUUAGUGACAUCCAGUAAGAUACUGUCUUUUAAAUUGAUCAAACUGAUAUUAAAGAAAUGUCAGAUAUUGGUACAUCAAGUGAUAUAGUAUUUGCAACAUUUAAUUUUUAACUUAAUCCAUUUAAAACAAAAUUUGUUAGAAAUUAUCAAAAAAUUGAUGAGUUGCUUUCAAAUUUAGGUGGAAUUUAACAAGCUUUUUUCUUUUUUAUUGGCUUAGCCAUCGGUCUUUACAACAGAAUCUAAUGUAAAUUAGAAAAUUAUCAUAGUUUUAAUUGAGUUAGCCAAUAAAAUAUUUGAAUUUUAAAUAGAUUAAACGUUGCAAAAUAGGCAACAUCAAGAAAAUUUGGAAUUGAUUGACGAAUUUAUGCAACACAGGGAAAAUCAUAUUCAUGCAAAUUCAGAUGAAAAUAUAAACGAAUAAGAUAAUUAACAAAUGGAGGAAAAAUUAUCACCUAAUAUAUCUUAACGGUACAAUCUGCUAAAUUUGUUUGUAAAUACAGGUGGAACUUAUACAAAAAAUACAACCAAAUCGAAAUCAACUAGGGAAGCAUAUAGGCAGUAAUAUCGGAUGGCUGAAAAGUUAAAAUAAAUGACAGGUUUAGAUUACUUUUAAAAAUAAAUUAUUAAUAUAAUUGAAAGAUAGAAACCAAUCUACUUAGACUUUUUAAUAUUUUGUAAUUAUAUUAGUUGUGGGAAAUUAUUUAAAAAUAACCCCAGAGUGAUACUUAUAAAUAAAGCAUUGUAUUUACGAUAUUUAAUAUUAAGUGAAAAUAUUUUAGAUUAAUUGGAUGUCCACCACAUACUUUUAAAAUUAAAUGAAUUAGACAAAUUAAAAGAAACAGUCUUAAAUUAUAAAUAGCUUCUUAUGUUUAAUUUCACUCCUAAACCAUAAAUAAACUUAGAAAACAAUGCAGCUUAACCUUCAAGACAACUAAUUGAGUAAAUAGUAAAGAGUCCAGGAAUCACAGAGAAGUAUUUUUUAUUUCAAAUAUUUAGAGAAGAUUCAAUACAAACAGUAAAUUAAAAAUAAUGGUCUCGAAAUUAUUUUAGCUUGUUUGGGGAUCACUUAAUUUACUCUAAAAUAUUUAAUGUAAAUAUAUAUUAAGAGACAAGGCAUAUGAUGACAUCCUUCAAUCAAGUGAUACUGUUUAUACAAACAAAGCCCUUAUUUAAAAAUUAGGUCCUGAAUUAUAGAUUGUAUUCAAGUUGUCUAAACUUAUUGAUAUCCAACACAAAAUAUAUAAUAAGUAACGUAAUCCCACAAGAAGAGGAGCUAUGUAAGAGGAUGAGGAAGAUCUAUGUGUAAAAAUGUUUGAUUAAUAAAGUUAAUGA